UCUGAAGAUGGGGGACCAAAAGGACGCCCUGAGGAAGAUCAUCACUACUCUUGCGGUAAAGAACGAGGAAAUCCAGAAUUUCAUCUAUGUGCUCAAACAGAUGCUCCAAAACGUGGAGGCCAAUUCGGAUCGGGUCCAGCUAGACCUCGAAGCUGAGUUCCAGUCGCUGUGCACCCUUCUGGAGGAACUGAAGGACGGGAUGCUAAUGAAAAUCAAGCAGGAUCGGGCCAGCCGGACUUAUGAGUUGCAGAACCAGCUGGCCGCGUGCACGAAAGCCUUGGAGAGCUCAGAAGAGCUCUUGGAGACGGCCAACCAGACGCUACAGGGGGCGGAGAACCACGAUUUCCACCAGGCCGCUAAGCAGAUCAAGGACAGUGUGACUAUGGCACCCGCCUUCCGGCUGUCCCUCAAGGCCAAAGUGAGCGACAACAUGAGCCACUUGAUGGUCGAUUUUGCCCAGGAGCGUCGCAUGUUGCAGUCUCUGAAAUUCCUGCCAGUUCCCAGUGCCCCCGAGAUCGACCUGGCUGAAUCACUGGUGGCCGACAACUGCGUGUCCCUCGUCUGGCAGAUGCCGGAUGAAGACAGCAAGAUCGACCAUUACGUGAUGGAGUACCGCAAGACCAACUUCGAGGGGCCGCCCCGGGUCAAGGAAGAUCAGCCGUGGAUGGUCAUCGAGGGAAUCAAGGAGACCGAGUACACUCUUUCCGGGCUGAAAUUCGACAUGAAAUAUAUGAACUUCCGCGUCAAAGCUUGCAACAAGGCCGUCGCGGGGGAGUUCUCGGAGCCGGUCACCUUGGAAACGAGAGCUUUCAUGUACCGCCUGGACGCCAGCACCAGCCACCAGAACCUGAAGGUGGAGGAUCUGAGCGUGGAAUGGGACGCCAUGGGUGGGAAGGUUCAGGACAUCAAAAAGGACGGGAAGGGCCGUACCGCCUCUCCGGUGAACUCUCCAGCCAGGUGUGUGCAGUCGCCCAAAAGGAUGCCCACGGGCCGUGGAGGGAGGGACCGCUUCACGGCCGAAUCCUACACAGUAUUGGGGGACACUCUGAUCGACGGCGGAGACCACUACUGGGAGGUGCGCUAUGACCGGGAUAGCAAGGCCUUCGCGGUCGGGGUGGCCUACCGAUCCCUGGGCAAGUUUGACCAGCUGGGCAAGACCCCCUCAUCCUGGUGCCUCCACCUGAACAACUGGCUGCAGGUCAGCUUCACGGCGAAACACAACAACAAAGCAAAGGUCUUAGACAUCCCUGUCCCGGAUAUCAUCGGCAUCUACUGCAAUUUUCAUGAAGGUUUCCUCUCGUUCUACAACGCCAAAACCAAGCAGUUGCUCCAUACGUUUCGGGCCAGAUUUACCCAGCCAGUUCUUCCGGCCUUCAUGGUCUGGUGCGGCAGCUUCCACGUCUACUCCGGUUUGCAAGUCCCCAGCGCCGUCAAAUGCCUUCAGAAGCGAAACAGCGCCACGAGCAGUUCCAAUGCCAGCCUGUCUUAAAACCACACUGCGCAACUGGUUUUGCAGGAUCGGGGCCCCUCUCGCCGCACGGGAGGCCCCGGCCACCAACUCGAAACAAGGAAACAGACUUU